AUGUCGCAGAUUGACCCAGGCUUUGCUUCAAUUCAAGUACUUGCGUUGCAGACAUCUGACUCCUGGUUCAACGGAGUUAUCAUCGAAUCUCUAACUCAUGGAAUAUAUACGGCCCUGCUUGGAGUUAUACUCUGGCGAAUACUAAUUUCGAGCACCUCUCGGCAGACGAAGGUCCUAGCUGGAAUUUCGGUUUUCAUGUAUGUCCUGGCUACGGUGCAUUUCGCUGUUAGGUGGUUCUAUGCCAGGCGGGCGUUCAUCACAAAUGGAGAGACAGAGGAAACGAGGUUCUAUUCCCUCGCAGACUCCCUCAUCGCUGGUGGUCCACUUUGGGUCCCGACGAUCAGCAGCGUCGUCGGGGGCAUCAACAUAUUGACGGCAGAUUGCAUCAUUAUUUGGAGGUGCUGGAUCAUCUGGGAUAGGAACUGGAGGAUGAUCGUACUCCCUUCCUUGUGUACGCUAUGCGGAACGAUAUUCGAUAUUUUCUUUCUAAUUGAGCAGUUGACGCCAGCGACAGAUUCUCAGGGAAAGUCACCGACUCCCUGGGGGAACAGUUCCAUCAACUGGGGAAUAGCGUUCAACAGUAUGACGCUCUCCACGACGGUUAUAUGUACAACGCUCAUCGUAUUCCGGCUUGCCCGAGCGAGGACGUCCCUACGUUUUGGGCCAAAUCUGUACUACCGAGUUAUGGAGAUCAUAGUAGAAUCUGCCGCGCUGUAUGCCGUUGUACUGGCGGUCUAUAUCCCAUUCAUUGCGACGAAUAGUCCAUACAGCAACUAUCCGCAAGUCGUUCUGGCUUCUGUAACUGGCAUAGCUCCGACUUUGAUACUCCUUCGCGUUGCCUCUGUGAGGAAGAUGGAUCUCGGUUCACAUGCGCAACCACUAUCUGUAAGGCAUCUGUCAAUAUCUGGAGUGGAAGGCAGCGUUACCUGUGUAGAGGAGGAUAGGGCAAUCCUUAUUAGCCAGGAAAAAACGGUUGAAGUCGUAUGA